AUGGACAUGAUCUUAAAAAGGUGAGCAUUAGCAUGCUAAAAGACAGACAGAGUUAUGAUGAACACUUAUUUGCCAAGGCUUUAAUCGUCAGGCGAGUUAGAUUAUUAACUUUGAAUCCAUUUAAUAAACCGCGAGCGCUUUGCUCAAAUAGCUAACUGUCAGACAGACGGGGAAAACUUCGCUCUGAUGUGUUGGGAAAUGGGGAUGAGGAAACAGAGAUAUUAAUUUACUGAUCUCCUGUUAGGGACAAGAGGGCAAUUAAAUCGUAUCUUAAAGAGUGAUAGGCAUCAGGGAAGUGUUUGCGGAGGAUAUUCGAGAUUUUUUGCGGACCUUUCCCAUGUCUGUCUUACAGUACUUUCACUUUGAAGGCUGUGCAUGCUAGCUCAUUGAUUAGGAAAGUCGAGGGGAUGUAUUGAUCCUGGAGUUCAUGUGGAGGCAGGAGAUCUGAGAGUCUGUGUGUGCGUGCAUGUGUAUUUGGACCUCUGUCGAGCUUGUCUUACUCUUUACCUCACUUUUCAACUCUAUCAGGCUGCCUGCAGGUGACAUAUCUGCAAAACGACUAUAUUUGUGUUGAAUGUGUCUUUCUUGUUUAUGAUAAUGAAGCCAUUUGAUUGAUUAUUUAUUGGAUUGAUUACUUGCCUUAUCGACCAAUUAAUUGAUUGUACUCUACCCUUUUGUCCUAAAAGAGUAAAUUGGGGUCAUUGAAAUACAAUAAAGUAUGAUAUCCGUGUUAAUAAUCCAAAUGUCAUAUUGGUUAGCUAGCCACUCAAUUGAUUUCUCAAUGGAUUCAUUACUUGCACGAUUGAUGGAUUGAUUCAUUCAUUGAUUCAUGAAUUCAUCAAUGGAUUUACCUCUCCUCUUCCUCUGUUCCUCUCUGUCUCCAGACCUGGAUGACCCUUUAGUGACGGUGCACCAGAGUGUAGGAGAGGCCAAAGAGCAGUUCUAUUACGAGAGGACAGUGUUCCUGCGCUGCGUGGCCAACUCCAAUCCCCCAGUCCGCUACAGCUGGCACCGCGGACGAGAUGUCCUCUCACAGGGUUCCGACAAGGGAGUGGAGAUCUACGAACCAUUCUUCACACAGGUAAGGGGGAGGCAAUAUACUACACUUACUGUAUAUCAGGGUGGGGUCAAUGUAGAGAUCUCAAUAUACUAUAGACUCUGGGUGGGGUGACCCCUGGGUGUGCUGAAAUAUACUUAUAUAAAUAAGGGUGUCCCCAGAGACUUCUAUGGGAAAGAGAGAGGGAAAAAGAGGGAAUGAGAAUGAAAGAAAGAGAGAGAGACAGAAAGAGGUAGGGGAGAGAGCAACAGAGUGCACUAUCAGAGAUGAUACAAGCAAGCGAGCCUGAGGUUGGCUGCCAUUCUGAGUCUCCAGUUCCCUCAUUUUCCUCUCCCCUCCUAGUCCACCUCUUCUUUUCUCUGUCCUCUUCUCUCAUCUUCCCUUCUCUCUCUUCCCUCCCUCCUUCUUCCUUCCCUCAGCCCAACAAGCGUUUGUACUGAGCAGAGAUAAAACACAGGCGUGGCAUUUCAAACCCAGCAUGGGAAUGUGGCCCGGUAAUUAGCCAGGAAGUGACACACUUUCAUUGAGGGCUCCCUCCUCCUCCUCCACCUCCUCCUCCUCCUCCUCUCUUCCCUCCUCAUCUCCCUUCUCUCCCUACCCCUCUUCCCUGCCUUAUUCCCUGUGGCAAGCACGAGAAGAACAGAAAGAUCAAGGGAUGCGUUUAAAAUCACCGUGUGUUUUCCCCAUUGUUAAAUACCAGCUUACCGUUUCUCUCUGGCGAAGGUUAGGAGGAGAGGAGAGAGGGAUUGUGUUAGGGGUGGAGAGGAAAGGGGGAUGGUGUUAACUUGUGUUGGGAGGUCAUUUUAGACCAUGGUGACCAGGUCUUGUUGAGGUCGGUGGUGGAAACUUUUCUGGCGUGUGUGUGUUGAUCACACAGCUGUGUCUGUGCACCCAGACCAGCAAUCAAGCAGUUUCUUCAUCCAUUCAUUCACCUCUGGGGGCGGCAGGUAGCCUAGCGGUUAAGAGCAUUGGGCAAGUAACUGAAAGGUCGCUUGUUCGAAUCGCCAAGCCGAUUGUUGAUGUGCCCUUGAGCAAGGCACUUAACCCUAAUUGCUCCUGUAAAUCGCUUUGAUUAAUUCCUCCAUCCAACCCUCUCUCUUACAGCCCCUCCUUCUCUUUCUAUCCUUUACUCCUUCAUCCCUCUUUUCAUGGUUCCCUCCAAUCUGUUACAUCUCUCACACAACCCUUCAUCUUUCAUCCAUCCAUCCCUCCAAAUGUCUUUUCUCCAUCCUUUUCAUCAACCUCUUUCAUAUCCUUGUCCAUCCCUCUCACCAAUCCCUUACAUCUCUCCCACCUACUCCAUUCCUUCCUCCAACCCCCUUGUCUUCCAAAUAUAUUUGUAUUCCUAUUUGUCUCCCACUAUGUUAAACUCAGGCUUGGAUACGUUACUUUCUAAAUGUAAUCCGUUACAGUUACUAGUUACCUGUCCAAAAUUGUAAUCAGUAAAGUAACUUUUGGAUUACCCAAACUCAGUAUCGUAAUCUGAUUACAUUCAGUUACUUUUAGAUUACUUUCCCCUUAAGAGGCAUUAGAAGGAGACAAACAUUUAUGUUACCAAUUGAAUUACAUCUAUUACAGGAUAAAUCAAUGUUAAAGCUUACAUAGCUGGCCAUAUAUGGAUGUUAAAUUUUACUUUAUGGGUUGGUUAUGUAGGAUCCUUCUAACCCAUCACUUUCUACUUGUAGCUCCUCCAGUGACAGGCAUGAGGCAAGAGGUCUUGAUUUGAAUACAGGGCUUUAAUGCUGGUCAACCCGUGAGAACUGGUUUAAAGAAAGAAAAAAUACAUUAACAAAAUAAUGCCAUAUGCAUGUCUCACACAUCUGGCGUUAUAAUCAAGCUCAUACAGCUAGACACUUUAUGUAUAUUUUACACCAAAAAAUGACGCACGUAAACACAAACACUCUCAUAGCAAAAUAAAUAGUCAACAAACCUCAUUGCUGCUUAUCACACAGAGGUGCUAAACAUCCUUUUAAAUGUCCUUUAUCUUCUUCUGUAUACUUUCUUUGUAAGUAUGCACUUAAACACGAUAACAGUGGAAAAAUAAUUCGCUUUUUGCGGUAAAGUUUCCUCGGUGCGUCGCUAAAGGCGCUCGGGUGACAACACUCGGGCGGAACCAAUAAUUAGUUCCGUCUUGCUGUAAACGUACAAUUCAGAAGAAAUUAAAUAAUAAAAAGUGCAAAUACAUGAAAUAAACUAAAGUGCUAAUACAUGAAAUAAACUGGCGACAGAGGCAGUUACACUCCCACCAAAUCACAUGUGAUUUCUUAAAACUUGGAGACAAACCUACUGCAUGAAUAAAUUAAAUGAAACUCUGUCCUAAUAAACAACUAAUAAACUGUGUGUGAGUGUAUGAUAGAACCAUCAGUCUGCUUCUAGCAAUGUAACUGUUUUCUGAAUGGGUCUCUCCAGGUAAACAGGUUUGGCUGUACGCUUUCCUCUUCCAUCCAGGGAGGAGUCACUGAUGAGUAACUUGAGUCUCCUCACUCUUUCAUCACUUCCAGGAUACACCUCGAUGACUCUUGCUAGCUUCCAUUGGUUUUGUGGUGUGGCAGCAUCUUGUAAUAGAACAAUGUCACCGACCUUUGCAUUUCUGCGAUCUUUGGUCCACUUCUGUCUGUGUUGGAGAUUCAGGAGAUACUCCUUUUUCCAUCGUACCCAAAAGUUGUUGGUUAAGAGUUGUUAAGAGUUGAACUCUGCGCCAUCUUUUGCGGAGGUAGAGAUCCUCCUUGACAAACUUUCCAGGAGGAGGGAGAAUGAUUGUGGAUUUCAUGGUCAAGAUGUGGUUUGGUGUCAAGGGCUCUGGACUGGUAGAAUCGUUCAGAUGAUCAGUGGUUAGAGGUCUGCUAUUCACAACCACCAUAACCUCAUAUAGAAAUGUUCGUAGGGAAGAGGAGUCAAGUUGUCUGGACGACUGUUCUAGAAUGGACGCCAGGACACUUCUGUUGUGCGGAUUUGUCUUUCCCAGACUCCACCCAUAUGACUUGAGGCAGGGGUGUUCAUGAUGAACUCGCAGCCCAAAUCUUUGAGCUCUUCUUGAUCCAUCUCUUUCAGUGCUUCAAUGAACUCACGCCUUGCUCCGACAAAGUUUGUCCCUUGAUCACACCUUAUCUGCCUUACUGAUCCACGAAUGGCGAUGAAUGAACGCAGAGCAUUGAUAAAGGCAUCUGAGGUCAAGUCAUCAAGUGCUUCAAUGUGAACUCCUCUUGAACACAUGCAGGUGAGCAACAGCCCAUAACGCUUUAGCUCCUUUCUUCCUUCCUUAAUGUGAAAUGGUCCGAAGCAGUCCAUUCCACAGUAAGUGAAUGGAGCAGUUGUUUCCAUCCGCUCUUCUGGAAGGUCUGCCAUCCUUUGUUGCUCUGUGCAUCUUCGGAACCUUCUGCAACUUGUGCACUUGUGAAUAUGGGAUGAAACAAGCUUGCUGCAACCCAGGAUCCAUAUGCCAUUGGAUCGGAGUUCAUUUAUAGUCAUUCCUCGACCUUGAUGGUACACUCUCUCAUGAUAGUGCUUGACGAGCAAUGCAGAAACAUGACUGUUUCUAGGAAGUACUGCUGGAUGCCUCACAUGUGGAUGUAGGGCAGCAUUAGCUAAGCGGCCUCCUACUCUGAUUACACCUUGAUCAUCCAGGAACGGACAUAGUUUGUGCAACUGGUUGGCUUUGUCUUUGACCUUUGUCUCCUUAUGAUGUCUAAGGCGUUGAAUUUCUUGAGAGAGAGUUGCUUCCUGGACCAUCUUGAUUAUGGUCAGCUCCGCCUCUUUCCUUUCCUCCAAGUUCGAGGCCUCACAGGACUUUGGCUUGAGACCUUUGAUUUCCUUAGCACGGCGCUUGAGUCUGGCAACAGCCUUCACCAUUCUUGCCCAGUCUGAGAACUUGUGUAGACGAUCUAAAAUUGUUUUUGCUUCUUCUGCCUGAGUGUCAUGAACCUGAGCUUUCUUGACCUCUGGGUCACUGCUCUCGAUCUCUCCCACCAUGACAACUCCAGUUGGUAGCUCUUUUAGCCAAAGAAGGUCUGGACCUGUGAACCAGUUAGAAGCUGUGAGUUGUUCUGCUGUGACACCCCUUGAGGCGUGGUCAGCUGGGUUGUCUUCUGAAGCUAUUGUCUCAUCCAUAAAGGUCUUAUAGUCUCUGCAGUACUGCUCAUUUCCCUUUAACUUCUUCUCCAGACAUCUGAGACGGUGGAUGCCACAUACCUUGUUAUCUGGUAAGUUUGGUCUUCCUUUCUUGAAGGGAAGUGGCAUUUCAUAGUGCCCAUCAUCCUUGAGUCUGAUGCCACUCUCCAUAAUUGACAUGAACUGGAGAUCCUCUUGAGAAAGGUGUUCAUCUUCUGAAGCCCUUUCUACAAAAUCAGAUUCCAACACCUUGAUGACGUCUGUUGGAAGGACUACUUCUUUGAUCUGUGUUCUACAGACAUAGUGCACUUCGUUUGGGAGAUUUGGAAGAACUGAUGUCACUUGCUUCACAAUGACUUGAUGGCUUAUUCCAAAGGCAUCUCCAAAGUCAAGACAUGGGUUGCCAUAGCCGACUACACUCCAACCCAAGUCUGUUCUCUGAGCAAAGGGCUCAUUUUCUUCUCCAGCAACCACUUGUCUUGGUACAAGAGCUUGAGGACAGUUGUAGCCAAUUAGUAGGCCGAUGUCACAGCUCUGCAGAGGAGCAAUUUCAUCUGCAAUGUGCUCAAGAUGAGACCAUGCCUUGGCAGUCUCUGGUGUGGGAAUAUGAUCUCUGUUUGCAGGGAUGAAUUCUCUUGAGUAAGUUACUGGCAGGUAGAUUAUCUUAUCGGAGUAGAAUCCUCUUAUUUGUAGAUCAGUCAGCCUUCUGCUAGGCACCACUGUAUUUCUUGAAGCUAUUGUGGAGAGCUUUAACUGGACUGGUUCAUUUUUAGUGUGAAGCACCUUUGCUGUCUCUUCAAGGAUGAAGGUCGUGUCACUCUGUGUAUCGAGAAGAGCGUACACAAGAACUUCAUGAUUUGGCUUACUUGUAGUGGACAACCACACAGGAAUGACUGAGGAUGUAUGGGUGCCUUUAACAUUCUGGAUAACUCUGUUAGAUGUUACCUCGCUUGGUGGUUUUGUCACCCUCUCUUGUGAACGAUCUGUCGUUCCUUCUCUUGACUUGUCACUCUCCAUUUCUCCAUCAGUCCUUGUUGACAUUCCUCUUUCUUUGCUGCGAUUAUCGUGUAGGCAGGUUGGAUGUCCUUUCUCACAAGUAUCACAGAUCCUUCUAUUUUCACACUCCUUUGAGCGAUGGCCAGGCUUCAGACAGCCAAAGCACAACUUCAUCCCUUGAACAAACUUGACUCGCUCAGAGAUGGUUUUAUUCAUACAUUUCCAACACUUGUGUAGACUGUGACCUGACUUCUCACAAAAAACACAGCUUGUGGAGGAAGCUUUUUCAUCUGAGUUAGUUGCUAGUACCUUUGCUCCGAGAGCUCUGUUCUUUAAAACCUUGAUCUGCUCACCUUCAGCAGGUUUCAGAGCAUGGAGAGAUGUUAUUGGGUUAUUUGCAAUCUUAGCUUCACGUGUGAGAAACUUUACAAACUGCUGGAAGCUUGGGAAUGUGUGACUUUCUUCCUCCACUUCUAUGACCUUUCUGUUCCAUCUCGAGGUCAGCCAGUCUGGAAGCUUUGCAAGUAACUUCUGGUUUUCAUUGCAGUCAUUAAGUACUUUCGAGGCCUCUGAUCUGAGUCAUAGCAGCCUCACAGCUCCGAAGAAAAUCAGCAAACUCUUGAAGUUCGAUACUGCCUUUGGAGCUUAUCUUGGGCCAUGCCUCCAGCUUAUCUCUGAAUGCUUUGGCUAUGAGGAAUGGAUUUCCAUAUCUUUCCUCGAGAAUCCUCCAUGCUGCGUGAUAGGCUGACUCUGAACCAAGCAGGAAGUAGCUCUCUAUAGCCUUUUUAGCAGGUCCACCCACAUACUUUCGCAAGUAAUAUAUAUUUUCUUCGGCUGGAAUGUUUUUCCGAUCAAUGAGUGUCUGAAAUGAAACCUUCCAGUCAUUGAAUCUGAGUGGGUCGCCAUUGAAUAUUGUUGGUUCAGGUAUAGGAAGACGACCUGCACUGAUGGACUCUGCAAGUGCUCUAACAAGAGCUGCUGUGCUGUCAUCCUGCUUUGAAUGUGCCCGGUCUUGUGGUGAAGAAUGGUGCUGCAACAUAUUAUUUUCAUGUUUAACUUCUUCCUUUUCCUUCAUACAGACACUUUGAUGGAGUAGACUGCUUAUUUCUUUAUCUGAGCACUCACUCUGAUCAUACACUCGCUGACGUGCCUUAGCAGCCUUUAACUUUUUAACUGUCUCUAGUCGCUCCAGUUGUCUCCGCUUUGCAUCUAGCACCUUUUGUCUCUCUGCAGCUUCAGCUUCAAGCCUUUCCAAUUCCUCAAUGCAACACUCUUGUUCUAGUAGUACUUCUAGAGUAGCUUCAUUGGCAGCAACUUCAGCAGCGGCAUCUUGUCUGCUAACAGAAAUCUGACUUGAAUGUCUGGAGCUGCUUUGAGCAUGAGAGGACUUAGUGCAUUGGGAUUUGAUACUUAUCUUGUCUGAGGCUACAGACUUGAAUAUAGACGAUGUCGCCCUGUUGCCUCGUUGUUCAUCUCCUCCACCGUUAUCUGCUGUCUCCAAACGAUCUUUUGCAGUUUGGAUGAUCUUCCUGGUUACUGCAUCACAGGUGUCAAUUCUGCGACGUGUGUCAUGGUCAGGGUUGUCUAUGCGCCUUAACUCAUCAUAAGCAAUGUUCAGAUUCUCUGAGGCAGCACUUAUUUUGCUUAUGUGUUCAUGUAGCAGGUUGUUUGAGCAUUGUCCACUCAAAGCUUGCUUGGCGUCUUUAGCAAUAGCCUUCCACUCCUCAUAGCUCACAGUGAAACGGUGAGCAAAUCUUCUUAUUUGCUCAUUGUACAGUUCUUGGCCCUUUUCUGUUAACUUUCGGUCUCUUUGGCUUCUUUGUGGUUCUUGUGAGGAAGUGUGGUCAUUAGCUCUUGUACUUUUAGUAGCCUGUGGUUGCAUGUCUAUGCACUGCUGCUCUAUACUUUCACCUACAGUGGGGGAAAAAAGUAUUUAGUCAGCCACCAAUUGUGCAAGUUCUCCCACUUAAAAAGAUGAGAGAGGCCUGUAAUUUUAAAUCAUAGGUACACGUCAACUAUUACAGACAAAAUGAGAAAAAAAAAUCCAGAAAAUCAAAUUGUAGGAUUUUUAAUGAAUUUAUUUGCAAAUGAUGGUGGAAAAUAAGUAUUUGGUCAAUAACAAAAGUUUCUCAAUACUUUGUUAUAUACCCUUUGUUGGCAAUGACACAGGUCAAACGUUUUCUGUAAGUCUUCACAAGGUUUUCACACACUGUUGCUGGUAUUUUGGCCCAUUCCUCCAUGCAGAUCUCCUCUAGAGCAGUGAUGUUUUGGGGCUGUCGCUGGGCAACACAGACUUUAAACUCCCUCCAAAGAUUUUCUAUGGGAUUGAGAUCUGGAGACUGGCUAGGCCACUCCAGGACCUUGAAAUGCUUCUUACGAAGCCACUCCUUCGUUGCCCGGGCGGUGUGUUUGGGAUCAUUGUCAUGCUGAAAGACCCAGCCACGUGUCAUCUUCAAUGCCCUUGCUGAUGGAAGGAGGUUUUCACUCAAAAUCUCACGAUACAUGGCCCCAUUAAUUCUUUCCUUUACACGGAUCAGUCGUCCUGGUCCCUUUGCAGAAAAACAGCCCCAAAGCAUGAUGUUUCCACCCCCAUGCUUCACAGUAGGUAUGGUGUUCUUUGGAUGCAACUCAGCAUUCUUUGUCCUCCAAACACAACGAGUUGAGUUUUUACCAAAAAGUUAUAUUUUGGUUUCAUCUGACCAUAUGACAUUCUCCCAAUCCUCUUCUUGAUCAUCCAAAUGCACUCUAGCAAACUUCAGACGGGCCUGGACAUGUACUGGCUUAAGCAGGGGGACACGUCUGACACUGCAGGAUUUGAGUCACUGGCGGCGUAGUGUGUUACUGAUGGUAGGCUUUGUUACUUUGGUCCCAGCUCUCUGCAGGUCAUUCACUAGGUCCCCCCGUGUGGUUCUGGGAUUUUUGCUCACCGUUCUUGUGAUCAUUUUGACCCCACGGGGUGAGAUCUUGCGUGGAGCCCCAGAUCGAGGGAGAUUAUCAGUGGUCUUGAAUGUCUUCCAUUUCUUAAUAAUUGCUCCCACAGUAGAUUUUUUCAAACCAAGCUGCUUACCUAUUGCAGAUUCAGUCUUCCCAGCCUGGUGCAGGUCUACAAUUUUGUUUCUGGUGUCCUUUGACAGCUCUUUGGUCUUGGCCAUAGUGGAGUUUGGAGUGUGACUGUUUGAGGUUGUGUACAGGUGUCUUUUAUACUGAUAACAAGUUCAAACAGGUGCCAUUAAUACAGGUAACGAGUGGAGGACAGAGGAGCCUCUUAAAGAAGAAGUUACAGGUCUGUGAGAGCCAGAAAUCUUGCUUGUUUGAAGUUGACCAAAUACUUAUUUUCCACCAUAAUUUGCAAAUAAAUUCAUUAAAAAUCCUACAAUGUGAUAUUCUGGAUUUUUUUUCCUCAUUUUGUCUGUCAUAGUUGACGUGUACAUAUGAUGAAAAUUACAGGCCUCUCUCAUCUUUUUAAGUGGGAGAACUUGCACAAUUGGUGGCUGACUAAAUACUUUUUUUCCCCACUGUACAUUAACCUGCUUUCUCCCAGAGGUAAGACUAGGCUCUGACAUUGUUACUUGGUGUACUUAAAUUUGGGUUAAAUCUAGUUUGGCCUGUAGCUAAGUGAUUCAGCUCCCAUUAGCUAUUCACAUUUAUACUAUUUUUACCACUAAUAUUAUUUUUUAGAACAUAUUCACAUCUACUUCACACAAAUCAAUAUCACGUUGUUCUAUGAAAUGCAAAAUUCAGUCUCUUGGUUGUAGCUUAGUUAACACUUAAACAUACACACAACUAUACCGUAUGAAUAUGAAGGCAAAAAUGUGUCAGUCUCUUGUGGGAAAUAGUUUAAGCUUCUUUGCAUCAGCUGGAUUCAUGGUAAGGCGCCUGGAUUCUUCUGUGGAUGCUGCGGCUGUGUAAAUGUCAGGAGCAGAUGCACACUCUUGGAUGUAGAGAUGUCCCUUCUUGUCCAUGGAUCACGGCUCUUUGGUACUGUCUUCCUCGUCUACUCAUGCAGAGCAGAUGAGUUCUCACUAUAGCUCCUCCAGUGACAGGCAUGAGGCAAGAGGUCUUGAUUUGAAUACAGGGCUUUAAUGCUGGUCAACCCGUGAGAACUGGUUUAAAGAAAGAAAAAAUACAUUAACAAAAUAAUGCCAUAUGCAUGUCUCACACAUCUGGCGUUAUAAUCAAGCUCAUACAGCUAGACACUUUAUGUAUAUUUUACACCAAAAAAUGACGCACGUAAACACAAACACCCUCAUAGCAAAAUAAAUAGUCAACAAACCUCAUUGCUGCUUAUCACACAGAGGUGCUAAACAUCCUUUUAAAUGUCCUUUAUCUUCUUCUGUAUACUUUCUUUGUAAGUAUGCACUUAAACACGAUAACAGUGGAAAAAUAAUUCGCUUUUUGCGGUAAAGUUUCCUCGGUGCGUCGCUAAAGGCGCUCGGGUGACUACACUCGGGCGGAACCAAUAAUUAGUUCCGUCUUGCUGUAAACGUACAAUUCAGAAGAAAUUAAAUAAUAAAAAGUGCAAAUACAUAAAAUAAACUAAAGUGCUAAUACAUGAAAUAAACUGGCGACAGAGGCAGUUACACUACUACAUAUAACAAUACGAUUAAAUGAUAUCUUUACAUAAAAAAAGUAUAUCGGAAUUCCAGUCAUUCCAAUACAUGUUAUAUUCCCCUUGAUCUUCAAGAAUAGGACUUGGAAAUAUGGAAGUAUAGAUUAGCCAAAUUGUUUUUCCUGAGCAUAAUCCCAAAACAAAGGAUUUAUUAGCCAGCAUACUACUCUGUUGUUAAUGAUUUUGUUGUCAUACUUAUUCAAGUGUUUUUCUUUAUUUUUACUAUUUUCUACAUUGUUGAAUAAUAGUGAACAUUUACAUUUUAGUCAUUUAGCAGACGCUCUUAUCCAGAGCGACUUACAGUUAGUGACUACAUUUUUUUUUUUUAUACUGGCCCCCCGUGGGAAUCAAACCCACAACCCUGGCGUUGCAAACGCCAUGCUCUAUCAACUGAGCUACAUCCCUGCCGGCCAUUCCCUCCCCUACCCUGGACGAUGCUGGGCCAAUUGUGCGCCGCCCAUGAGUAGUGAAGACAUCAAAACUAUGAAAUAACACAUAUGGAAUCAUGUAGUAACCAAAAAAGUGUUAAACAAAUCAAAAUAUAUUUUAUAUUUGAGAUUCGUCAAAUAGCCACCCUUUUCCUUGAUGACAGCUUUGCACACUCUUGGCAUUCUCUCCACCAGCUUCACCUGGAAUGCUUUUCCAACAGUCUUGAAGGAGUUCCCACAUAUGCUGAGGACUUGUUGGCUGCUUUUCUUUCACUCUGCGGUCGAACUCAUUCCAAACCAUCUCAAUUUGGUUGAGGUCGGGGGAUUGUGUAGGCCAGGUCAUCUGAUGCAGCACUCCAUCACUCUCCUUCUUGGUCAAAUAGCCCUUACACAGCCUGGAGGUGUGUUGGGUCAUUGUCCUGUUGAAAAACAAGUCAUAGUCCCACUAAGCCCAAACCAGGUGGGAUGGCGUAUCGCUGCAGAACGCUGUGGUAGCCAUGCUGGUUAAGUGUGCCUUGAAUUCUAAAUAAAUCACAGACAGUGUCAUCAGCAAAGCACCCCCACACCAUAACACCUUCUCCUCCAUGCUUUGCAUUGGGAAAUACACAUGCGGAGAUCAUCCGUUCACCCACACCGCGUCUCACAAAGACAAGGCGGUUGGAACCAAAUAUCUCCAAUUAGGACUCCAGACCAAAGGACAAAUUUCCACCAGUCUAAUGUCCAUUGCUCAUGUUUCUUGGCCCAAGCAAGUCUCUUCUUCUUAUUGGUGUCCUUUAGUAGUGGUUUUUUUUGCAGAAAUUCAACCAUGAGGGCCUGAUUCACACAGUCUCCUCUGAACAGUUGAUGUUGAGAUGUGUCUGUUACUUGAAUUCUGUGAAGCAUUUAUUUGGGCUGCAAUUUAUGAGGCUGGUAACUCUAAUGAACUUAUCCUCUGCAGCAGAGGUAACUCUGUGUCUUCCAUUCCUGUGGCGGUCCACAUGAAAGCAAGUUUCAUCAUAGCGCUUGAUGGUUUUUGCGACCGCAAAGGUAGCUUAGUGGUUAAGAGCAUUGUGCCAGUAACCGAAAGGUCGCUGGUUCUAAUCCCCGAGCUGACUAGGUGAAAAACCUGUCGAUGUGCCCUUGAGCAAGGCACUUAACCCUAAUUGCUCCUGCUAAAUGACAAAAAAAAAAAAAAUAAAAGCUUUCAAAGUUGUUGACAAUUUCCGUAUUGACUAGCCUUCAUGUCUUAAAGUAAUUAUGGACUGUCAUUUCUCUUUUCUAAUUUGAACUGUUCUUGCCAUAAUAGGGACUUGGUCUUUUACCAAAUAGGGCUAUGUUCUGUAUACCAUCCCUACCUUGUCACAAAACAACUGAUUGGCUCAAAUGCAUUAAGAAGGAAAACAAUUCCACAAAUUUUUAAGAAGGCACACCUGUUAAUUGAAAUGCAUUCCAGGUGACUACCUCAUGAAGCUGGUUGAGAGAAUGCCAAGAGUGUGCAAAGCUGUCAUCAAGGCAAAGGGUGGCUAUUUGAAGAAUCUCCAAUCUCAAAUAUAUGUUGAUUUGUUUAACACUUUUUUGGUUACUACAUGGUUCCAUAUGUGUUAUUUCAUAGUUUUUUAUGUAUAAUUCUACAAUGUAGAAAAUAGUAAAAAUAAAGAAAAGCCCUUGAGUGCUACAGACUGCCUCUUUAAGUCUAUCAAAAGUGUGCGAGUUUGAGUAUGUGUCCAUUAGGCCUAUGGAUUUAUUUAUUUUAUCAGCAUGAAUUAGAUUGAGCAAUAAAAGCCACACUUUUAUUCCAUAGGCUGGGAUCAGCACUAUGCAGCUGUGGCAAGAGCUCAUUUUUCACUGGCUGUCCACUGGUUUCAAAAACAAUGAUUGAUAGGCAGCUUAAACUUCUUGAAUUAAACCAUUAUUGGGUUCAAAUGCACAUUUAGAUUUGUGAACAGCCAUCCACAACAACGGUAAGGUGCAAAUAGCUAAAUGAGAGAGCAGCAGUGUGAUUCACAUCAAUGCGCUUUGUAGAUAUCAAUAAUAAGUGAUAUCCGUAUUGCCGUAGACUACACCACUGCUGUCAUCCUUACCUCCAAGCGUUUAUUCAACAUGGAUAAUCUUUGGAUGCUGACAGCAGUCGCACCAUUGGAAGACAUAGCUUGGAAGACAUAGCUUGGACUGUAGCCUGUAAAAGUCUAUUUCUGCUCUUUUCACGUGAUCCAUCAAACACAUUUGGUGUGUCAUCAAAGUGGUCUCUGACUUGUGGUCAGACUCAGACAGGUGGAACAAAUGUAAACUUCUGCCUCUUUUCAAUGCUGAUUUGAAUGUCAUUGAGAAAACAGAGAAGCGUCAACAACAAAAAACAUCCUUUCUGAAUGUAAAAGUAAUCCUCGAAGUUAUCAUCAAGUUUUUCAAAAGUAUCUGUAAUCUGAUUACAAUAUUUUAGCUGGUAACGUAACAGAUUACAGGUUAAAAAAAAAAAAAGUUAUCCCCAACCCUGGUUAAACUGGCCUCUGAAUCAUCAUUCCCACCAAACACAUCUUCCACUAACAGCCAAAACCAGAGAGGAGGAGGUAAUACGACUGCAACCACAGACUGAGUCCAUCCCCAAUCAAAUACAAUUAACAUAUAAACGCCAUGCAAUAUGAUGAUGAUGAUCAUUGGGGGGAAUGAAAGAGAUGAGUGAUUAGGGUUUGUGGGGACGGUGACUGGGAUUUGUGAGGACUAUGAUUGUGGCAUGUGAGGACUGAUGUGCCAGGCUGACUGAAGUCCUAAACUGACCCCCUGGUGGAGAGGAAGGAGAUCAAAGACUCUCAUCACAUCCGAUCACAGGGCUCUAGCGUGGUCUUUGUGGAGGGUAGUUCCACCUCAAAAAGCAGAAGAAACAGAAUUUAGACACCCACCACCUCAGAUUGUUAGAAACAGAUAAGAGUAGCAUUCCUGCAACAUUAUUUUGUUGAAAUAUAAUUACAUCUCUGAGAAAUUAAGCUAAUUGAUUGGCAAUGUGGUACCUAACAUACAAUUUGGGCCAAACGUGUUUCUAACAAUGAGUUAGACAUGAGGAAUCCAAAUAAAUAGUCGAAAGCCACCCUUGGACCCAAUCCUACCCCAGCAUGUCUAUGUCUGACAAGUAGUAUGGAGCUGCGGCUCAGAGUACUGUUUCUUUAUCCUAUGUAAUGUAUUCCCAGUGAAUUUGGUGAUGUUUUUUUCCCCCUGUUCAUAGAAAUUAGUAAUUGAAAUUAUGUUUAUGUCCGAUCCCUACAUCUUGAUAUUACCAGGUUUUGACCAUUAGAUGGUGCUGUUCCAGGUGAUUUCGUUUUUAACACUAGAACCACUGGGCCUCGAGGGAUCCCCCUUCAAGCUAAUGAGCUCAUUCUGACUGCAACAUUCUAACAGUGUAUUUAAUACAUUUCAUAUAUGCUAUCACUCAAAUAAUCAUUUGGUUGUGUUUUAGAAUUUAGGUAACAUUAAUAUAUAUUAUUUUUUCAUUUCAAAUAACAACAUACAAUUUAAAAUUAGUUUAUGUUAGUGUAGGCUAUAUGUAAAAACAAAACAAAAACACAAGUGUUCAAUCAAUUUCAUUCAUAAAGUGCCUUCGUUACAACUACGAAACAGAAAGUAUAUGUGUUGGAACAUGGUAACAGCUUAUUUUUAUAACAAUAUUUCUUUUUUUACAAAAAACCCAACCACGCGGUGUCAAAUGAUGAAAACAGUAGCCUAAACAUCAUUAUAAGCUCCAAUUGUGCUUGAUAAAUUGUGAAAAUCAGCACAAAAACAAUAAUGGUAUUAUGGUGAAUAUAAGUGUCAAUAUGAGCAGUAAAAAAUAGUCAAUUAUUAUCAGCUCUUGCUUUCACGCAUUGGUAUAAAUUGGAUUUCAUUUAACGGUUAUCCCGAGUAGGCUUGUUUUAUUUGCCAGCAACUUGUUCACCAAUGACAGUGAAAAAUUGUCCAUGGUGACUUUUCUCCCCUUGCCAAGGUAAGGUUCCACAAUCCUCAUCACCACAUUCUCCAACACUCGCUCACCUGCUUCCCAAUGUGGAUGUUUUCCCAGAUACGGAAAGUCAUUCAGCAUGUACUUGGUGUUGACGUCAGUGGCUAACCAAAACAUAAUUCCAAACUUGUCGGAUUUAUUCUCAAUGUAUUGCGUAAAGCCACAACAAGCUUUGUUGGGAACAAUUGUUCAUCAACAGUGAUGUUCUCUGCUGGUUUGUAACAUGCAAUGCUGUUCUGUACAAACGUCUUCCAAACGUCUCCAGGCGUCGCAUUCUCAUUUCUUUGUCAUCAAAACGGAGGUAACGCAUGAUCUCUCUGAAGGUAUCCUAUGACAUGGUUUCUCCAAAGAAUGGUAUCCCAUACAUGUCUGACUAGAAGCUCACCAUGCUGCAUAUACAUGCUCUUUCCACCGAAUGCUCCACGGAAAUACAGGAUUGAAAUGAACGCUUCCAGCUCAUCAACAGAGACAGAUCCCAGGCAGUGUCUCCUUGCUCCCUGUACACCUCCGUUACAGUACAGUCCCUGACUGUCCCUGACAUGCUGUAGCAUGUUCAUGUAACAUAAACAACGAAAGCUGGUGAGUGCGUUGCUGAUGUUGUUUUUUGCUUGAGAUGUAGGGCCUGCUCUCUCGGCGAUGACAUUUUGUGUUGAUAAUCGGCCAAUAGCAUUGUCACCAGCUUGUUCUAUCUCCUGUCUCACUGUUUCCUUUGGUGGUGGAGCAGGCACCUGCUCAGUGCGCACUGUUCUGGAUUUUUUGCGCUUAGGCCUCGGAGGUGUAGGUUAUUCAGGCCGAGGCUCAGAAUCCGAAGAGUAAUCAUCAGAGAUAUCAUGAUUUAUUUAUUCCCCACCAUCUGAGUCAUUUUCAUUCCGAUCUUGUAGCAGCGCUAACGCAGCAUGUGCAUCCAUUUGUCUUGGUCUUCUUGCCAUUGUACAUUACGCACAUCUCACUGUGUACUCCAAGUAGGCCAGAGUAGACUGAUAAAACUGCUUUGAUUUGGUGGACUGAUAUAGGGUACAUACCAUUUGGAGAUUAUAAUUAGAAUAUACCAAUACAAUAGAAUGGCCCGCCCUGUUCUUUAUUGACAAUCAGUGAUUACAUAAAUAUGCAUCGUUCGCUUCCCCUCGCUCAUCAACUCACAUAUUCUCCCCCUUUCUCCCCCAUCAUACUUUACUUCCUUUUAUUUAAUCUGUUGUUAUGUGUAAAAUUAGUUUGUUAUAGUUUAUGUUCAGUUUUGAGGCAAUUAUCAGGGUGAUUAUCAACUGGGCACUGCACUUUCCAAUGUCGGGAGAUUGAGUGGAGCAGAUCCCUACUGUCCGGAGAAGGAGGAGCAACGGGGGAAAACCAUUCAAAUAAUGACAUGCCCUCCUAAAACUGGUUAUAACUCCAGUUCUGUUUGUGAUAUUACAAUUUUUACAACGGCAGUGUGUUUUAUAGACUUAUUUAGGAAAAGUCAAGGAUGGAGAGAGGCAUGACUUUAAAAAUAAAAUACAUUAAUGAGCAAUCAAAAUGACUGCUUUAGCAGUUCUAGUGUUAAAGAAUCCCCCCCCUCAAUGUUAAAGGGAUAGUUCAUGGACAAGGUAUGACAGCAACCCAUGAUUUGUAGCGCGUACAAAUCUUCUGUCGUCGGUUGCAACACUCACUACCGAGUUCCAAACUGCCUCUGGAAGCAACGUCAGCACAAUGCCAAGCGUCAGCUGGAGUGUUGUAAAGCUCGCCGCCAUUGGAUUCUGGAGCAGUGGAAACGCGUUCUCUGGAGUGAAAAAUCACGCUUCACCAUCUGGCAAUCCAACGGUCAAUAUCUGGGUUUGGUGGAUGCCAGGAGAACGCUCCCUGCCCGAAUGCAUAGUGCCAACUCUUACGUUUGGUAGAGAAGGAAUAAUGGUCUGGGGCUGUUUUUCAUGGUUUGGGCUAGGCCCCUUAGUUCCAGUGAAGGGAAAUCUUAGCCCUGUGCUUCCAACUUUGUGGAAACAGUUUGGGGAAGGCCCUUUCCUGUUUCAGCAUGACAAUGCCCCUGUGCACAAAGCGAGGUCCAUACAGAAAUGGUUUGUCUUGAUCGGUGUGGAAGAUCUUGACUGGCCUGCACAGAGCCCUGACCUCAACCCCAUUGAACACCUUUGGCCCAACAUUAGUGUCCUCACUAAUGCUCUUGUUGCAAUGUUCCAACAUCUAGUGGAAAGUCUUCCCAGAAGAGUGGAGGCUGUUAUAGCAGCAAAGGGGGGACCAACUCCAUAUUAAUGCCCAUGAUUUUGGAAUGAGAUGUUCGACGAACAGGUGUCCACAUACUUUUGGUCAUGUUGUUUAUUUUCUUAAUGCAAAUUUUAGAAUAUUCACAUGAAAAUCUGUCACCAAUUGGAUGGAAACCUAGCUAUAGUUAGAAAAAAAGUUUAGUCCAAAUCUGAUUUUAGGUACUAUAUUUAUUGAAUAUUAUAUGAAUCCUAUAGAUUAAAUUGGCCAAUUUGGGUGCAAUCAAUUAGCUUAAUUUCUCAGAGAUCAAAUUACAUUUCAACAAAAAAUUGUUGUAGGAAUGCUAACCUGUUUCUAACUACAGAAAUUAUUUCAGAACAAUCUGAGAUGGUGGGUGCCAUGGCUUGCUGAAAUGAGAUGGAAUGACCCUGGAGUCACUUUCUCUGUCUGUCAGGCUACUGUGUGGUGGUGGUGGAGGAGUCAACCAAAGAGAUACACACAUUGAAACUAAAAGAUCCCUGCUGUCCGAUGUGGAGUGGUGUAGCAUGUCGACCACGUUGUGUGAUCCAUGGUGUGAUUUGCACAGUGGUUUGGCACCAGAUUAAAUAAAGAAAAGCUUUGAUGUGUUAUGAUGACUUGUUUUACAGUGAACUUCAUGAACUCUGUGUUAUAUUUGAAAACGUGCAGAUUUCUUCCUUGUUUCAUGAUUUACAAUAAAUGUGAAUGGCAUUGGGUUUCAACAUUUCAACAUAUUCUGAAAACCUCUGUGAACUUUGGGAAAGUUUCCAGUAUUUUGCAAGCCUUGAAUGAAGUGGAGAUACUUAAUGAAGUGUGUUUAUUAUUGUGUUAAUUCUAUUCGCACACAUUUGCACACUAGUGUUGUUGUGGUUGUGUAUCUGAGCUGCAGGGGGAGACGAAAAUCUUGAAGCUGAAGAACCUUCGUCCUCAGGACUACGCCAACUACAGCUGCAUCGCUUCUGUUAGGAAUGUCUGUGGCAUUUCCGACCGAAACAUCGUCUUCAAACUCACCAACAAGACAGGUUAGUCUUCAAACUCACCAACAAAACGGGUUAGUAACAUUGUCUUCAAACUCACCAACAAGACAGGUUAGUCUUCAAACUCACCAACAAAACAGGUUAGUACCAUAACAUUGUUUUCAAACGCACCAACAAGACAGGUUAAUCUUCAAAUGCACCAACAAGACAGGUUCGUCUUCAAACUCACCAACAAGACAGGUUCGUCUUCAAACUCACCAACAAAACAGGUUAGUACCAUAACCUCGUUUUCAAACGCACCAACAAGACAGGUUAGUCUUCAAAUGUACCAACAAGACAGGUUAGUCUUCAAAUGUACCAACAAGACAGGUUAGUCUUCAAAUGCACCAACAAGACAAGUUAGUCUUCAAACUCACCAACAAGACAUGCACCAUAAAGUUGAUAAGAAAACAGAAAACCUCCAUCCUCUUCUUCUUCCUCUCCAGCGUCUCCCUCCAUCAAGCUGCUGGUGGAGGAUCCCAUCGUGGUGAACCCUGGCCAGACGGUGUCCCUCGUGUGUAUCACUACGGGUGGGGAGCCCAACCCAACGCUGAGCUGGGUCAGCGGCUCUGACAGCCUGCCUGAGAAGAGCGUGGUGAAGGGUGGAACACUCACCCUACCAGCCAUCACCUCAGACGAGGCUGGGGUCUACAGCUGUGUGGCCAGUAACAACGUGGGCAACCCAGCCAAGAAGUCUACCACAAUAGUGGUCAGAGGUGAGAGGGAGAGGGGAGCAGGAGUGGGUGUUUGUUGUAGGUGGAGUAUACAAUACGCAUAUUGUAGAAUCCUUAGAACAGCACUGUCAGCCUUGUCAAGAGGUUCAGACCUCUAGGUAUAAUUACUUACAGUAUGUAAUGGACUGACAGACGCAAGGUCAGAGAUUCUAGUCCCGCUUAGGCUACUCAUGGGCUAUUUCUUUAUGAGCUAAUCCAAUUUUCAACAUUCAAGUGACAGGAAUGGUUAUGAAUAUGGUUACUACUUUCUUUCGCUACUACAGAGUUACUACAGUAUGUAAGCAUCAUUUUACUACAAUUGACAUAUCUCAUUAUGGAUGUUGCAUUAGGAAAGCUGUAUUGCCUGCAUGAUCCUACAACACAUGGCGCUAUAGUUGGAGACACAUAGAGUAUAUCAACAUAUUCCAUACAGUGUUAUGACUUCUGUGCAGUAGACGGUAGGGUAACGCCAAUAGCAUGGGAAUGCAUGUGAAACCACUCAUUAAAGAUACUUAUUAACGGCCAAUUAGAGUCAUUAAGCCAUGGCAGUCAAGCUGAAGGCACUGCAGGCUGUUUGACAAUCAACUGGGAUGAGGACUUAGUGUCCAAGUCUCUUCCCCUCAAGGUAAUUGACACAUGAAGAAGCAAAUAAUUGUAGACUUGCCUUUGGGAUUAGCCAAUGGGUUAAGGAUUUAGUGUCCAAGGCUCUUUCCCUCAAGGUAAUUGACACAUGGAGCAGCCAAAAAUUAUAGGCUUGCCUUUAGAGGACUCAUUGGUUUUCUGGCCGUAUAGUAGGAUGAGAUAUUUCAAUGUUUGAUUUAUAUUGUGUGAGUCUCGAGUUUUGUGGUGAGUUGAGUGGAAGACUGUGUUGCCGGAGAAACUGGGAUGAACUCAGUGAAGUAGGACAAGCACUUAGCACAGUUCAUUUGGACAUGCUGAAUAUGACAGCUGGUUAGGAUAGUGGUGGUGUGGGUGUGUGCGCGUGCACGUGUGUGUGUAUGAGCAUGCAUAUUUUUGUGUGUGUGCAUAUGUGUGUGUGUGUGUGUAUGUGAACAGAUAUUACAUGGUAUGUGUGUUACUGUAUGUUUAAAGUAUGUAUAUGUGUGUACACAUGUUUGUGUGUCUUUUUGUUGAUCACACCCCUAGUCCUUGAGAAGCCCUCUCAUGCGGGUGUUGCCAAAGGGACUGUCUGUGUUUUCCACAGAUCUGUCAUCAGCAGAUGGUGGCGUUUCUGCCCAUGCUGUCCCACCAGUCAGGCUGGCUCGCCAUUUGGCUCGCCCCCUCCUACAGUGUUGUGUGUGUGUAUGUGUGUGUGUGUGUUUGGCUUGCCCCUGCUACAGAAAGAAAUAUAAAUGUUAUACUAUCCCAGGUAUUCCUUAAAGAGGUAGGGUUUCAAGUGUCUCUGGAAGGUGGUCAGUGACUCCGCUGUCCUGGCGUCGUUAGGGAGCUUGUUCCAGCAAACAGUUUUGACUGGGCUGAGCGGGAACUGUGCUUCCGCAGAGGUAGGGGGGCCAGCAGGCCAGAGGUGGAAGAACGCAAUGCCCUCGUUUGGGUGUAGGGACUGAUCAGAGCCUGAAGGUAAGGAGGUGCCGUUCCCCUCACAGCUCCGUAGGCAAGCACCAUGGUCUUAUAGCAGAUGCAAGCUUCAACUGGAAGCCAGUGGAGUGUGCGGAGGAGCGGGGUGACAUGAGAGAACUUGGGAAGGUUGAACACCAGACGGGCUGCAGCGUUCUGGAUGAGUUGUAGGGGUUUAAUGGCACAGGCAGGGAGCCCAGCCAACAGCGAGUUGCAGUAAUCCAGACAGGAGAUGACAAGUGCCUGGAUUAGGACUUGUGCCGCUUCCUGUGUAAGGUAGGGUCGUACUCUGCGAAUGUUUUAGAGCAUGAACCUACAGGAUCGGGUCACCGCUUUGAUGUUAGCGGAGAACGACAGGGUGUUGUCCAGGGUCACGCCAACUCUGGGAGGAGGACACAACGGAGUUGUCAACCAUGAUGGCGAGAUCAUGGAGCGGGCAGUCCUUCCCCGGGAGGAAGAGCAGCUCCGUCUUGCCGAGGUUCAGCUUGAGGUGGUGAUCCGACAUCCACACUGAUAUGUCUGCCAGACAUGCAGAGAUGCGAUUCGCCACCUGGUUAUCAGAAGUGGGAAAGGAGAAGAUUAAUUGUGUGUCGUGUGCGUAGCAAUGAUAGGAGAGACCAUGUGAGGACAUGACAGAGCCAAGUGACUUGGUGUAUAGAGAGAAUAGGAGAGGGCCUAGAACUGAGCCCUGGGGGACACCAGUGGUGAGAGCACGUGGUGCAGAGACAGAUUCUCGCCACGCCACCUGGUAGGAGCGACCUGUCAGGUAGGACGCAAUCCAAGAGUGAGCCGUGCCGGAGAUGCCCAACUCGGAGAGGGUGGAGUGGAGGAUCUGAUGGUUCACAGUAUCAAAGGCAGCGGAUAGGUCUAGAAGGAUGAGAGCAGAGGAGAGAGAGUUAGCUUUAGCAGUGCGGAGAGCCUCCAUGACACAGAGAAGAGCAGUCUCAGUUGAAUGACCAGUCUUGAAACCUGACUGGUUAGGAUCAAGAAGGUCAUUCUGAGAGAGAUAGCAGGAGAGUUGGCUAUAGACGGCACGCUCAAGAGUUUUGGAGAGAAAAGAAAGAAGGGAUACUGGUCUGUAGUUGUUGACAUCGGAGGGAUCGAGUGUAGGUUUUUUGAGGAGGGGUGCAACUCUCGCUUUCUUGAAGAUGGAAGGGACAUAGCCAGCGGACAAGGAUGAGUUGAUGAGCGAGGUGAGGUAAGGGAGAAGGUCUCCGGAAAUGGUCUGGAGAAGAGAGGAGGGGAUAGGGUCAAGCGGGCAGGUUGUUGGGUGGCCGGCCGUCACAAGUCGCAAGAUUUCAUCUGGAGAGAGAGGGGAGAAAGAAGUCAAAGCAUAAGGUAGGGCAGUGUGAGCAGGACCAGCGGUGUCAUUUGACUUAAUAAAUGAGCAUCGGAUGUCGUCAACCUUCUUUUCAAAAUGGUUGAUGAAGUCAUCCACAGAGAGGGAGGAGGGAGGGGGAGGAGGAGGAGGAUUCAGCAGGGAGGAGAAGGUGGCAAAGAGCUUCCUAGGGUUAGAGGCAGAGGCUUGACAUUUAGAGUGGUAGAAAGUCGCUUUAGCAGCAGAAACGGAGGAUGAGAAUGUAGAGAGGAGGGAGUGGAAAGAUGACAGGUCCGCAUGGAGUCUAGUUUACCUCCAUUUCCGCUCAGCUGACCGGAGCCCAAUGUUUGGCAACAAAAGGAUACUUUAGUGACACGAUGACCUGGACAAUGAGAGAUAUUCUCUGCCUCUGUCAACACUAAGUCAAUUUGUUAGAGAAUGUGUUCGCUGCAAGGUUUGUUUUAGUGUUUGUGUGCUUGCGUGUAUGUGUGUGCUGGGUGUGUGUAACUAUGUCUGUCUGUCUGUGAAUUGUUCACUACACGGGUGUAUCAAACGUGAAGCGACAGCAUACAGUGAAAGGAACGUCUUAGAGACAAUUGGCUUGCGUUCAUUUCUUUUUCCCCCACCACCACCAUUUACACACCUAGUACUGUACCUACGUUUCCUAAUAUUGUACCUACGUUUCCUAGUACUGUAUCUACGUUUUCUAGUACUGUACCUAUGUUUCCUAGUACUGUACCUAUGUUUCCUAGUACCUACCUAUGUUUCCUAGUACUCUAACUACGUUUUCUAGUACUGUACCUACGUUUCCUAGUACUGUACCUACGUUUCCUAGUACUCUACCUACGUUUCCUAUUACUGUACCUACGUUUCCUAGUACCAUACCUACGUUUCGUAGUAAUGUACCUUCGUUUCCUAGUACUGUACCUACGUUUCCUCCCUGUGCGUUCUUAAAACAGUGUGCUUUGCGGGUGUGUGAUGUGGAGAAAUUAGUGGUGUUGGAGGUAUCAAACAUUCAGAAUCAAACAAUGUUCUGCUGUUCUGUUGUUGUCUCGUCGUCUCUCCUGACAAUUCCUCCAGGACUUCCUUCCUUCCAGAUGACUCCAAAUGAGACAUCAGCCAUUUCAGUCAGCGAACACACACAGGCAACCCCUCCACAACACACACAGGCUCUACACUCUCUGUGAGGGGAUUCUGUGUUAUUAAAAACAGAGAAAAGCUGUAAUGGGUUUCAUAGUGAGCCUGUCUGCUGAUGUUAUUUAGGCUGUUGUUGGGAAUUGUUAGGGAAAAACAAACCCCUCAUGAUGUGAUUUGGAACAACCUGGCUGUUAGCAUGUAAAUCAAUAUGUGAAUGACUCAAAUUUGCUCUGGAAUACAUUCUGGUCCGGAGCUGCAUACAUUUCCAUUUAUAAAUGGCAAAUGUAAUGGUCUGGGUGAAUGGGCCUGGCAGACAGACUGGAGAGUUGGGCAGCGGCUGUCAGGACUGUGGCUAUUUGUCAGUGUGUGUGUGUGUGCGGUUGUUUGUGUGUGUGCGUGUGUGUGUGUGUGUGUGUGCGUCCUGCUGGCCUGUGACUGAACAUGUCAAGUUCAGUAGAGGUCAACCACAAGGUAAUAUACAGCACAACGGCCUGUCACUCGCCACGUCCAAACAUUGGCAUGCGUCAGUGUGUGUGUGAGCGUUAACGUGUGGAGGCAUGGUGUGAUGAUAAUCAGAGAGGGGUGUGUGUGUGGUCGGGGUCUGGGGUUGAAUGUGUGUGUGUGUGUGUGUGUGUGUUUGCGGGGGUCUGGGGCCCCUGUAUAUCUUUACCCUUGACUAAUGUCCCCGAGAGGAGGUAGGUAAAGUAGAGGAGAGAGAGCCAUCUGGCCCUUAGAGGACCGCUAAGCUAGACCUGCUGAUUACCAGUGGGAGAGAUGAAUGGUGGAUGGAGGCCACCGUGUGGUGCCAAAGGAGAGAUGGACAGACUGAAAGAGGGAGAGAGACUGGGGGUUAGAGAGAGACUGGGGGUUAGAGAGACUGGGGGUUAGAGAGAUACAGGUGUCAGUGCCAUCUUGUCAGCCAGUCUUAAAAGAGGAGGGGUCGGGGAUAGUGUGUGUGUGUGUGUCUGUCUGUCUGUGUGUGUGAAUUUGUGUGUGUGUGUGUGUGUGUGUGUGUGUAUGUGCCUGUAAUUGUGUCAUUGUGACCGCAUCAGGGGCAUGUGGCCCCCCAUUAGCUAAGCAGCUCCCAUGAGGGGGUAUUGUAAUCCAGCCGUGUGACUAGAGUCCUCUAUGGACCAAACCCCAAAAGAGACUUCUCUCUUUGUGUCAUUAUCUACCUAUUCAUGUUACAGGCCACCCAUUAUUAUUCACCACAGCUACUGUAUCACCAUGGAGACUAUUACACACACUUUACAUACACACACACACACACACACACACACACACACACACACAACUAAUGUCUUAAAGCCAAGGAGAAUAUUACACUCUCUCUACAGGCACAUGCACUUUGGCUCAACAAAACAUGCUGGAGUUGCGUCAUGAUUCAUAUUCAUAGAGGUAAAUAGAAUCCAGGUAACUAGAAAAUAUCCUAUUCAUCAGUGCCCUAGCUACAAUGUUAUAAGUGUAACCUCUUUAGAUCAUAGAAGAAUAAAGAAAUGCGUGGUAUAGUGGUGUUAUAAGUGUUUAAACGGUUCCUUCCAUUGAGUAGAAAAUAUUUCUGUAGAGCACAGCUUCGAGUAAAGAGCUUUAAAAGGAAAGUCUUACUGGAUACAGUAUUUAUUGAUUAUUUUUUCCUCUCACGUACAACCAGGUCCCUGGUUCUAGACAGAAAUGUUCAGAGCGGUGAAGAGAAAACCAACUUCCAAAGGCCAUAUCAUUAAUAAUGAAUGGUGAAUGUGUGUUUGUGCACAUUAACUUUCAUUUUUUGCCUCGGUGCUCACGGUACUCAAAUGCUUUUAACUACUGCAGUGGGCUAAAUCAGGGUCACACAGAGUGUUUCUUGGUAGUCUUAAACAAAUCUACUUUGAAACAAAAGUAUACAGCUCACACACAUGGUUAUGGGCUUUAAAAAAAGAAGACACCUAUAAUAAUACUAAUAUGCCAUUUAGCAGACGCAUUUAUCCAAAGCGACUUACAGUCAUGCGUGCAUACAUUUUUGUGUAUGGGUGGUCCCGGGGAUCAAACCCACUACCUUGGCGUUACAAGUGCCGUGCUCUACCAGCUGAGCUACAGAGGACCACGUACUGUAAAAAAAAGUUAUCAGUACAACCUCUCAAAGUGAAUAAAAAUGUUAUCGCAAGUGCAAAAAGGAGCGGAGACAUAGGACACCCUUGACGGGUCCCUCUGGAUAGGGGGAAGUAUUUAGAAUGUUGAGAGGUGAUGUGUACCCUAGCUGUAGGAGCAGAAUAGAGCAGACGUAUCCAUGAGAUGAAAUUGGUACCAAAACCACUCCACUUGGUCGAAAACCUCCUCAUCAAGAGAAACAACAAUUUUGGGGUCUGGAAAACAGUUGCGCCCUUUGAUGAAGCCUGUUUGACCAUCAGAUAUGACAUCCUGAAGGCAGGGUUACAACCAGCAUGCUAGAACCUUAGAUAAUAGUUUAACAUAAGCGUUCAAAAGUGAAAUGAGCCGAUAUCCACCACAUUCCACCGGAUCUUUAUCUUUCUGGAGUAUAAGUGAGAUGGAGGUUUGAGUUAGCGUCGAGGGGAGAGAGCCCUGUGCUAACGAGUCGGUGAACAUAUCUAAUAGUAGUGUGGCGAGUUGAUCUGAGAAUUUUAUAUAAAUCGACAGGGAAGCCAUCAGGCCUUGGGCCUUGCCACUUUGCAUUGACUUUACACCCUUUGUUAUCUCAUCUAGAUGCAGAGGGUUAUCCAGAACUUUACUCAUGUCCAUAUCAAUGGAUGGAACAUCCAAGUUAUCUAAAAAGUUGUCCAUAGCCGUAUUAUUUGAUGGGGGUUUGAAUUUGUAGAGGUUAGAAUAAAAUCACACAAAAGUUGAAUUCAUAUUACGGGAUCACUUGUAAGAUUACGGGAAGAGUCAUAUACCUGAGAGAUGAGAUGAGAUGCUGACUGGCAUUUAAGUUGGUGUGCCAAAAGGCAGCUGGCCUUGUCACCAUAUUCGUAGUAUGUCCCCUUUGUUUGUUGCAACAGAAACUCUGCUUUAUCAGCGGAAAGCAGAUUAAAUUGAGUUUGAAGUUUCAGCUUCUCUGCGUAUAAUUCAAGGGAUGGUGAAGUUGAAUAUUGGCGGUCUAUUGCCAGGAUUGAGUCCACCAGUUCUUGACGUUUCAGUUGUCUUUGUUUGACAUAAUGAGCAUUGUAAGAAAUUAUCUUUCCCCGUAAUACAGCUUUGCAAGUCUCCCAAAAAAGAGAGGGGGAGGUGUCAUCAUUUUUAUUUGUUAUAAUAAAUACAUCUAUGUUGGUUGAAUUAAAGCCACAGAAGAUUAGGGAGAGAGGCUAAAAGAGAUGUAAUAAAUCUAGUGUCAUCCCAGUUAGGGGCGUAAACAUUCGCAAGUACUACAGGGGUCUAUAAGAGGGUGCCACUACCUAUUGUAUAACAUCCUCCAGGAUCUGAAAUUAUCUGUGAGGGUGAAAACUGUACUUGUUUGUGAAUCACUAUUUCUGUUCCCCUGACUUUGCCGUUAAAAUUAUAAUUAAACACCUGUCCAACCCAUGCUUUACGCAAUCUGGUAUGGUCGUUAACACGUAGGUGCGUUUCUUGAAGAAAUGCGAUAUCAGUAUUCAGGCUCUUCAGAUGUGAAAAUACUCUGGAGCGCUUAAUUUGCCCCAGUCUGACUUGAAGCCCCAAAAUACCAUCCUGACUUGUUGUUGAACUAGACAUGAAUCCUUAUAAGAGGAGAAGUCAAAUUAAAAAGAAAGAGGAAAAGAGAGAUUGAGAGAGGAGCAGCUUGAAAAAAACAUUAAAAAAAAAAAACUCUAAACAGAAACAGAGCACAAGAAUCUACGGAUAAUGUCAACAUACCAACCCCCCCAACAUACACAAAAAUAAAAUUAAAAUAAUAAUCCUAAACUCGUCUUUAUGAACGAGACAAGCAGCAGGAAUUCUCUCUUACUCAUCAUCCGUUGAUUACCCAAAACAUGUGCGGUGAGGUCAAACCGACCUUGGGAAGAAGUUACAUACGCCCUUGAAAUAAAGUUAAAAAAAUAUGGCAGUAGGCAAGUGCACAAUCUGGGUUUCGGUCACACUUUAAACAAAGAGUUUUAACCUUCAGCUUCAGUUAUUGCAAAAUGUUAACAGCAAUUGGUGGCAUUUCAAUGGCCAUAAUAUGAAUGUAGUCCACUAGGUGUCGCCACAGGGCUGAGUAAUGAGAAACAUUUUUAAUUAACCAGUAGGCUAUGAAAAGGGUCAGCCCCUGUCUUGGUAAAUUGUUACAAAUGGAUAACUAGCAUUUUGGAUAUGUACAAUUAAGCAAACGAACCAUGGGUCUAAACUCUUCAGCUAGUUCAACAAUUAAACAAGUAAAAUUGGAAGAGUAGAUUCACGCGCAGAGCACGGCAGGUGUUUAUUUCGCCUUCGCAGAAGGUCACAGGCAGGCAAUGGUCAUACACAGGUAGGCAAACAGGCAGGUGAAUCAAAACUAGGACUGAAGGCUAUAACUGGUUCUCACAAAUGAGCUAGGAAAAGGCUUAGUAGAGUCAAAACGAACAAUACCUCACAAGGCACAAACAGAAUAAACUGAACUAAAUAAGGAGCUGAUGAGACCAGGUGAGUAACUAACACAGGGGAAAUCAAUGAACAAAAAUGAAAGACAGGGCUACGUUCAAGAACACAAGGAUGACUAAGAAAAUAAAUACAGAACCUUACAACCAUCAGUGACCAACAUCACCAAUUAAGGCCAACAUAAACCACAGUGGUUCAGAAUGUCCAUAAAAAAAGAAUAAAAAAGACAAUUUAAAAAAAACGGUAUACAUCAAGCACACCUCCAAUGAAAAAUGUAUACACUACCAGUCAGACGUUUGGACACACCAACUCAUUCAAGGCUUUUUCUUUAUUUUUUACUAAUUUUUACUAUGUAGAAUAAUAGUGAAGACAUCAAAACUAUGAAAUAACACAUAUGGAAUCAUGUAGUAAACAAAAAAAUAUUUUAUAUUUGAGAUUCUUCAAAUAGCCACCCUUUGCCUUGAUGACAGCUUUGCACACUCUUGGCAUCCUCUUGGCAUUCAGCUUCACCUGGAAUGCUUUUCCAACAGUCUUGAAGGAGUUCCCACAUAUGCUGAGGCACUUGUUGGCUGCUUUUCCUUCACUCUGCGGUCCGACUCAUCCCACAUCAUCUCAAUUGGGUUGAGGUCAGGGGAUUGUGGAGGCCAGGUCAUCUGAUGCAGCACUCCUUCACUCUCCUUCUUGGUCAAAUAGCCCUUACACAGCCUGGAGGUGUGUUGGGUCAUUGUCCUGUUGAAAAACAAAUGAUAGUCCCACUUAACCCAAACCAGAUAGGAUGGCGUAUUAGAAUGAAAAAUCUGUCCAACCCAUGCUUUACACAAUCUAGUAUGGUCGUUAACACGUAGGUGCAUUUCUUGAAGAAAUGCGGUAUCAGUAUUAAUUCUCUUGGCAUUCAGCUUAACCUUCAGCAACCCAAACCAGAUGGGAUGGCGUAUCGCUGCAGAAUGCUGUGGUAGCCAUGCUGGUUAAGUGUGCCUUGAAUUCUAAAUAAAUCACAGACAGUGUCACCAGCAAAACACCCCCACAACAUAACACCUCCUCCUCCAUGCUUUACGGUGGGAAAUACACAUGCAGAGAUAAUCCGUUCACCCACAAAGAAACUCAAAUGUGUCCAUUGCUCGUGUUUCUUGGCCCAAGCAGGUCUCUUCUUCUUAUUAGUGUCCUUUAGUAGUGGUUUAUUUGCAGUAAUUCAACCAUGAAGGCCUGAUUCACACAGUCCCCUCUGAACAGUUGAUGUUGAGAUGUGUCUAUUACUUGAACUUAUUUGGGCUGCAAAUUCUGAGGCUGGUAACUCUAAUGAACUUAUCCUCUCCUGUGGCAGUCCUCAUGAGAGCCAGUUUCAUCAUAUGGCUUGAUGGUUUUUGCGACUGCACUUGAAGAAACUUUCAAAAUUCUUGACAUUUUCCAUAUUGACUGACCUUUAUGUCUUAAAGUAAUGAUGGACUGUCAUUUAUCUUUGCUUAUUUGAGCUGUUCUUGACAUAAUAGGGACAUGGUCUUUUACCAAAUAGGGUUAUCUUCUGCAUACUCCCCCUACCUUGUCACAACACAACUGAUUGGCUCAAACGCAUUAAGAAGUAAAGAAAUUCCACAAAUUAACGUUUAACAAGGCACACCUGUUAAUUGAAAUGCAUUCCAGGUGACUACCUCAUGAAGCUGGUUGAGAGAAUGCCAAGAGUGUGCAAAGCUGUCAUCAAGGCAAAGGGUGGCUAUAUGAAGAAUCUCAAGUAUAAUAUAUGUUUUGAUUUGUUUAACACUUUUUUGGUUACUACAUGAUUCCAUAUGUGUUUUUUCGUAGUUUUGAUGUCUUCACUAUUAUUCUACAAUGUAGAAAAUAGUAAAAAUAAAGAAAAACCCUGGAAUGAGUAGGUGUGUCCAAACUUUUGACUGGUACUGUAUAUACACAAAUAUCGGUAGACAGGAUCAGUGUCUAACUAGCGAGUAACAUUAGUAUCCGAAAUGACCUAAAGGCGGCCAAACUACCAUGUGGGCUAUAGAUUGCCAUAAGUGGAGCAGCAAGUUCAAAGCCUUAGUAAAAAUAAAUAAAUCAAAAUGCUGCGCUUUUAACAGUGAUUGUCUUCAGUUAAGAAACUAAACAAGAUCAAAUGGAAAGUUUAAACAGCAGUGAGACAGCAUAGUAUGUCAUUGUUGUCACACCCUGGCUCGGGGACUCAAUAUGUUGAGCCAGGGUGUGUUCAUUCUAUGUUUUCUGUUUCUUUGGUGGGUGUUCUAGGGUGUCUAUUUUCUAUGUUUGCCGGUGUGACUCCCAAUCAGAGGCAAACGAGUGUCAGCUGUCGGCUGUUUGUCUCUGAUUGGGAGCCAUAUUUAAUCUGUCUGUUUUUCUUUCGGGUUGUGGGAUUUUGUUCGUGUGUGUUCGUGUUGUAACAUAGACGUCACGCAUUCGUUGUUUAUUGUUUUGUUCGUGUGAACGUUUAAAUAAAUAGAAUAUGUUCAGUCGCAACGCUGCGCCUUGGUCCUUUUCUUUAGACGAAUGUGACAGAAAAUCCCACCUCAACCAGACCAAGCAGCGUGUUCAGGAGCCAUCGCUGGCAGAUCUCCGUGGCAACCUCGACUGGAUCAAGCAGCGUGACUUGGAGAGAGGAUGGACGUGGGAGGAGAUGAUUGCGAGUCUGAGAGAGGCCUUGGCCCCGGGGAGGAGAGAACCCCAGAAAAUUUUUAGGGGGGGGCUCACGAUGUCGGGGCAGCAGGAGGCCGCUAUGGAGCGGUCCAGCGGGGUUGCAGAGGAGGCCGCCAGGUUACGGGGGCCACUGGUAGAAGAGGGGAUGGAAGGUGUAGAGGCACGGCGAGAGGUACUGGCGUGUGUUGCCAGUCCGGUCCGGCCCGUUCCAGAUCCCGGUGUAGAGCCAGUGGUGUGUGUCCCCAGUACGGUCCGGUCUAUUCCUGCUCCCCGCACCAAACCUACGGUGUGCGUCGACAGCCCAGCCCGGCCCGUUCCUGCGCUCCGCACCGAGUCUGUGGUGCGCGUCGCCAGCCCAGUCCGGCCCAUCCAAGCUUUUCGCAUAAAGCCUACGGUGUGCGUCGCCAGCCCAGUCCGGCCUGUUCCUGCUCCACGCACAGAGCCUGCGGUGUGCGUCGCCAGCCCAGCCCGGCCUGUUCCUGCUCCACGCACAAAGCCUACGGUGUGCGUCGCCAGCCCAGCCCGGCCUGUCCCUGCUCCACGCACAAAGCCUACGGGGUGCGUCGCCAGCCCAGCCCGGCCUGUCCCUGCUCCACGCACAAAGCCUACGGUGUGCGUCGCCAGCCCGACCCGGCCUGUUCCUGCCACUCGCACCAAACCAGGGGUGCGAGUCGCCAGCCUGGUUCAGCCUGUUCCUGCCACUCGCACCAAGCCAGGGGUGCGAGUCGUCAGCCUGGUUCAGCCCGUUCCUGCUACUCGCACCAAGCCAGGGGUACGAGUCGUCAGCCUGGUCCAGCCCGUUCCUGCUACUCGCACCAAGCCAGGGAUGCGAGUCGUCAGCCCUGUCCGGCUCGUUCCUGCUCUCCGCACCAAGUCUGUGGUGCGCGUCGCCAGCCCAUUCCGGUCCAUUCCUGCUCCACGCACCAAGCCAGGGGUGUGUAUCGUCAGCCCGGUCCGGUCCGUUCCUGUUCCACGCACCAGGCCAGGGGCGCGUGUCGUCAGUCCGGCUCCGGCCAGCGGGGCUAGACAGGACCAGGGGUACUUUGAGGGGUUGGAGAGGAAGUGGGGAUCUAGCCAGGAGCCGGAGCCGCUGCCGAGGAAUGCCCACCCAGCCCUCCCCUGUUUUUGCUCGUAUUUAGGCGCGGUCGCAGUCCGCGCCUUUAGGGGGGGGUACUGUCACACCCUGGCUCGGGGACUCAAUAUGUUGAGCCAGGGUGUGUUCAUUCUAUGUUUUCUGUUUCUUUGGUGGGUGUUCUAGGGUGUCUAUUUUCAUUUUGCCAGUGAUCCAUCAAGUGUCACUAAAAUUAACGCUGUUUCUUCGGUGGAGUUAGUUGGUUGUAGCUGCAUUCCUCAAGAAAUUCGCAACCUUAACGAACGGGUAGAACACAAGCACAACUACUGUAGCAAGCAAGCUUUAGCAUAUGAUUAUUUCACGGAACGAUCGAUAGAUAGCCAUAGAUGUUUGUAGCCUAUGUCCACACAGUCACUAGCUAAACGUUACUCACAUAAUACAGACAGUUGAGAAAUCAUCCCAAUCCAGGCAUUCAAUCUAUGCGCUGUCGGUAGAAGAACUCAGCUUCUUCAGGAGUUUCGAAAAAAUUGACCUCACCGUUAAAGUUGACACGGAGACGGGCAGGAUAAAUCAGCCCAAAGCAGAUUCCCUUCUUGUACAGAGUGGACUUGAUGUCGUUGAAUGCGGCCUAUUUCUUCGCCAGGCUAGAAGUGAAAUCCUGGUAGAACUUGAUCUUGUGGUAUUGGAAAGUGACGUCGCCGUGUUCCCUUGCCCACCGAAGGACGAGCUCCUUUUCGGUGCAAGGCUGCUGUGGGCUCUAUCGAGUUCAGGAAGAUUGGGAAAAGCCUCAGCACCCAAAACCUUCUUGAACAGCUCCGCCAUGAACAGGGUUGGAGAUCCUGUCUCAGAAUCCUCUGGCAGUCCAAUCACACUGAUAUUUUUGAGUUUUGAACAUGAAAUAAAAUCAUCCACUUGUAGUUGCAGUGACUUGUUGGCGGCGGCCACAUCGUCAAGCCUGGUUUUCAACGUAGUGAGUUGGUCGCUGUGGCCCGACAGCCCAGCCUCAACUUCGGCCAGUGUGGUAGUGUGAGAUGUCACAGAACCAUGGAUGGUUUCCACGGUUGCCUGAAUUGGAGCCAGAGCAGCCGCCAGUGAGUUAUUCAGCAGUUCGAUGAAUUCUGCUGCCAAACUUUCACGUGAUUUCGCCAGCUCUCUGACAAGGAUCUCCAGUGUUAUCGUGUUAGCCGUAUUGCCCGGAGUGGCUAUUGAAGCCUUCAAUGAAGGUGGGAUGGUAGCCAUUUUAGCUGAAGUUGAUUUGGUGGAGUGUCGAUUUUCCAAAGCGUGUGACUGGUUUGCUCAUGCUAACUUAGGUACACUCUUUUACUGGGUAAUAAAAAUAAUGUUUGUGGUCAUGAGAAGUAUGAAUUUAGGUGAAAAUGAAGAUUAUUUACAAAAGGUUGUCGGAGGAUAGACCUCGUGCGACUUCUUUCUACAUCACUCAACCGGAAGCCACUUUGCAACUACUUCCUACUUUUUAGCUACUUUGCAACUACUUAGCAUGUUAGCUAACCCUAACCCUAACCCUAACCUUAACCCUUUAACCUAACUCUUAACCCUAACCCCUAACCCUUAGCCUAGCUAAUGUUACCCAACAAAUUGUAAUUCGUAACAUACCAUACGUAUUGCAAAUUCGUACCAUAUCAUACGAAUUGUAAUUCGCAACAUAUCAUACGAAAUGGAUGAUGGACAUCCACAAAUUAAUACAUACCAUACAUAACGUAACAUAUCAUACUAAUUUAAAUGUCCCAGAUAUAUAUAUCUUCUUCUCCCCAAUUUCGAUCUUGUCUCUCCAACGGGCUCGGGAGGUGAAGGUCGAGUCAUGCGUCCUCCGAAACAUGACCCGCCUAACCGCGCUCCUUAACACCUGCCCGCUUAACCCGAAAGCCAGCUGCACCAAUGUGUUGGAGGAAAAACCGUUCAACUGACAACUGAGGUCAGCCUCGGUUACCUCCAACAGUAAAUGGAAAAGUUCUGUUUCCGAGCAGGGCCCACGUUAAAGAUUCACUGGGCCUUUGUAAUGAUUGUUGUUGUUGUUGUUGUUGUUGUAUAGAGGUGUGUGUGUACGUGCGUGCGUGCAUGCUUGCUUGCCUGUGUCUCCUGUCUCCUUGCUUGAGGAAUGUGUGUAGAGUUUGGGGGAAGGGUUGGCGGUUUGGUAGACAGUAUGUUUUCAGGAGGGUAGGCAGUCCGCACUGUGUUGAACUUGACCUGACAGUGUCAGAGUAUUCACACUAGACAGUUAACUAAGGUAGAGUGGAUUGUUACUGUCUUAAUCCAAUGUUUGUACACUGACACCUUUGUGACACACAUGCACGCACACACACACACACACAACAACACGCACACUAAUUGGGAUCUGAAUGGAUUAUAGUAGUCCAUCCCCUAGGAUACAGUCUGUGUACUAGUGUUAAUGGAAUGCUGUACACAGAGGUCAACACAAAAGAGCCUUUCACACUGUUAAGGUACACUGGUAGUAACCACUCUAAACCAUUUCAUUCACUGAUUCCCCAUACAGUACCUCUAUGUGAUUAUAUUUACUAUUUAUAUGGUUGGAACCAAUCUGUACUCCAUGUACACUGGUUCAAGUGGUUGUAUACUGCUUCCACCAUUGUGUAAAUACAUCCAAUAGUAUUACUGUACUGUAUUAUAUUACCUCUCAGGAAAAUUGCUUUUCAAACAUGAUGACAUACUAGGCUGUUCUAUUGAGAGCGUACAGACAGAGCGGUGAUGUGGCUUUUCGUUAAUACCUGAUAUUUGAAUUGUGAAGGUCACUGUCAAUCCAUGGAUAUAUUGUGAUUCAGCACCACUUUUUCAAUAUCAACAGACACGUAAUUACAUACGCAACUAAUCUUGAACAAUAUUAUAUAUAAUAUCGAAAGAGUGUUCGCCUACACUAUAGUCGAACGCAUACAUUUAGUCGAACACCUACACUAUAUUGUGAUUCAGCACCACUUCAAAAUUAUUUAUAUACUUGUUACAGUUACAGUCCUAAAGCUGUUCCGGAGAGAAAAGUACAGUAUGUCACAAAACCAAAUGUGUGAAGAUAAAUUAACAGUGAUCUAAGCCUUGCAGGAACCUACCCUGACAUGAACCAACCUCUGCUAUAUUGUAGAUUCAGAGCUAUCUAUCUAAUAGAACUCAGAGGUUUUUCUUUAACGGAAGCUUCUUCUCUAAAGUCAAACAUGCAAAGUGUGGUGUACCGCAGGGCAGCUCUCUAGGCCCUCUACUGUUUUCUAUUUUUACCUAUGACCUGCCACUGGCAUUAAACAAAGUAUGUGUGUCAAUGUAUGCUGGUGAUUCAACCAUAUACGCAUCAGCAACCACAGCUAAUGAAGUCACUGUAACCCUUAACAAAGAGUUGCAGUCUGUUUUGGAAUGGGUGGCCAGUAAUAAACGGGUCCUGAAUGUCUCUAAUACUAAGAGCAUUGUAUUUGGUACAAAUAAUUUCCUAAGCUCUAGACCUCAGCUGAAUCUGGUAAUGAAUGGUGUGGCUGUUGAACAAGUUGAGGAGACUAAAUUACUUGGUGUUACCUUAGAUUGUAAACUGUCAUGGUCAAAACAUCUAUAUUUAAUGGUUGUAAAGAUGGGGAGAGGUGUGUCUGUAAUAAAGAGAUGUUCUGCUUUUUUUGACACCACACUCCAAAAAGCAAGUCCUACAGGAUCUAGUUUUGCCUUAUCUUGAUUAUUGUCCAGUCGUGUGGUCAAGUGCUGCAAGGAAAUACCUAGUUUAGCUGCAGCUGGCCCAGAACAGAGUGGCACGUCUUGCCCUUCAUUGUAAUCAGAGGGCUAAUAUAAAUACUAUGCAUGCCAGUGUCUCUUGGCUAAGAGUUGAGGAGAGACUGACUGCAUCACUACUUAUUUUUGUAAGAAACAUUACAAUUCCAAAUUGUUUGCAUAGUCAACUUACACACAGCUCUGACACACAUACUUACCCCCCCCCCCCCCCCCCCCCCCCCCCUUCUUCCCUCUGCUUGGCUCCAGCAUCGCAAUGUUUUGCACAUUCCAUUUCCUGUGUUUAAAUCUGACAUGCAGGUUUUGUUCUUAUUUUCAUUUUUCGCCAAACUGAAUAUGAUAAUGUCGCCAGGGAAUUGCUAGAUGAAAAUAUUUCUGUAGCGCCGUCAUUUCUUUGUGUGUGCAGACGAGAUGAAUUGUACAGCAGCAGCGUUGGGAAACAAUGCAACAUAGAUUAUAAUGAAAUCAGCCCGCUCUUCUUUUCGCUCUGAAGAGCUGGGUUUGAUGACGGUGUUUGAAAACUAAACUGGAUUAGCAAUAAGUAUCUUUCCAUUGAUAUUUCUCAAAUGUUCUGCUUUCUGUGUGUGUGUAGUUGUGUGUGUGUGUGUGUGUGUGUGUUUGUACGUGUAAUGACUUCCUCUCCAAUCAAUGAAUGCAACACUUGUGUGAUUGGAUGAAUCACAUCUCAGACAGACUGUGACUGGAUGAAGUGAAUCUCAAACAAACAUACUGUAUUUCAAUCUGAUCAGCCAGCAGUUUGCUACUCUACAAUUUGACAUCCCAUUCAAAAUCAAUUUCCGAAGCAUUUACUGAACCCUUUAAAAAAGUUUUGCACUGUUGCUGACCCCAUGCUGCCUCUAACCUCUCAACUGUUGUGUUUGUUGUCUCAAGAGGUUGGGGAAAAGCAUACAUACACAUUUCCCUUCUAAACAAUUGGGCAGAACCAUUUUCUCCAUUAUUGUUCUGCGAAUAGCAGAAAAACACCUUUAAGUGUAUCUUCUGUCUACAGUGCCAAAUAAAGGGCAAUGCACAAUCACUCCUGUGGCUGCCACUUAAACACACACAUGGAUUGCACUUCUCAAAAUGUUUGGUGUGUCUGUCUGUAUGUUCUCUCCACAGCGCUGAAGAAGGGGCGUUUCUGGAUCACCCCUGACCCCUACCACAACGACGACAACAUCCAAAUUGGCCGCGAGGUCAAGAUCUCCUGCCAGGUAUGAACACACACACACCAUCCCCUUUUCACACGCAUACUCAACUAUCCACUCCUUGCAGGUGGAGGCCACGCCCCCCGAGGAGCUGACAUUUGGUUGGCUGAAGAACGGGCGCGCCAUGCGGAGCUCUGAGCGAAUGGUGAUCACCCAGACGGACCCUGACAUUUCCCCAGGCACCACUAACCUGGACAUCAUCGACCUGAAGUUCACUGACUUUGGCACCUACACCUGUGUGGCUGCGCUGAAGGGAGGGGGCAUACCUGAGAUCAGCAUAGACGUCAACAUCUCCUCCACUACUGGUGAGUCUCACACACCGCUAUGUCAGAGCAGGAGAUAUAGCUAUACACUUCCCCACACUCAGCGAUAACACACACACAUCAGCAUUUCAAGACUAUACACACACACACACACACACACACACACACACACACACACACAGCAAUAGAAAUGUUCACUUUUGCUGAAACAUACACACUCUAGAGAAAUAAACUUUCAGAAUUCCUCUAUUUCACACAAACACAUAAAAUGGUAACCUAUUGAAUUUGCCCCUAUUCAAUUGGCAUGUGGUAGUGUUUCCACAAUGUGACCUAUUUCCUGCCCGAAACUAAUCUGAACCAAACAUCCAAUCCUACUGCCUGGUACCCAAACUCAAUUUAGGGCUUCCUCCCAAAUAUCACCAUAUUCCCUAUAUAGUGCAUUACUUUUGACCCGGGCUCUGAUCAAAAGUAGUGCACUAAAUAGGGAAUAGGGUGCCAUUUGGGAUGCAGCCAUGCUCUAAAACUAAAUCCAUUCCCUCCUUUCAUCUAAUUGGCUGCUGCUACUACCAUUUGUGUGACUAACAUGACAUACAUUCACUACAUGCAUCAUGUCUCUGGGAGACUUUAGAUAAGGAUGUUCUGGUGAUUUAGAAUGGUGGCUUCAUUACAAGAGAAUAACCUGAAGAUAUUCAGCACAUACCCAACACAGUGAGUUUGUGGAGGGUACCAUCGAUAUAGUAGGAAAAUAAAAGGGCAGAAGUUUGUAUUGGUAGUGGUUAGGAAAAGAAUGGUAGGAGAUAAGGAGGAGAAGAGAGCUAUGGGUUAGAGAGGAGAAGUGAUCACACUGGGUCGGGAGGGGGGUAUCAUGUGUCAUCACCACUUAGAGGUCAAUCAAUGACCUCCCAUUCUGCUGUGUUGUGCCGCCUCCCAUUACCCCAUUGCUCAUCUCCUUUGCUAGCGGACGGGACCUGAUCGAUAACGUCCCGCAGAAGAGAGGUGCUCUGAUUGGGAAUUUCCACUUGGAAUCCCUCUGCCAUACAAUCAUGCAGUCUCUCAUCUUGACCGUUGUCGCUCCGAGAUUGGAAUGACCAAAGGGAGGUGGUUGUGUUCUUGAAGAAACAUUCAGAGUUUGCUGGCUGCCGAUUUGGUGUGUUUGAAAGGCGCCAGGGGAUGGUGGCUUCCUGAUAAGUGUGUGUGUUUGUGUGUGUGUGUGUGUGUGUGUGUGUGUGUGUGUGUGUGUGUAGCUAUGGCAAGCCUCCUCUCUCUCUUUACUACACACACUCUGUGACAGCACACCCUGCUGCCAUUCACUGCAGCAACAUGAAAGCCUGUUGUCGACCUUUGUGCAUAAUUACCGUAAAAGAAUCCUUUGAUAAUCCCCCAUGCUAUAAAACAGUGGGAUCAAUCGUACCUGUCCAGUUUGUUUCCUCAAUAUCUACUAAGUAGUGCAUCCUUUCCGUUUGGAGUGUGUCUGUGUUUGUGUGUGUGUGUGUGUGUGUGCCUGGCCGAGACCCACCGACGCAGAAACACACUCUUUAAUGUGAACCAUCACUGCUGCUGUCUGAGAGAAGAAGAGAGAAACACAAAGGAAAUACCUGUCUUUAUGAUUAUCAUAUAAUAUGAAAGGGCCUUUUGUGCUUGGAUGGGAUUGUUUUUUAGCGUGCUUGUUUUUUAAGGUGGAGGUUGUUUUAAGUUGCGGCGGUUGGAUGAUGUUUAAUACGAUGAAAGAGUUGUGUGAAGACACAGUGAAUCAUGUACAGGUAGAGGAAAAAACAAACAUAUUAUUCUAUUGUGUACUGCUUUCGUCAUUGCCCUUCUGUAGCUUUCUUUGAGGACUACAUUGAGAUGUUCUGAAGUAGUAUGAUCACUGUGUAGAGAGAAAAUGGUGUCUCUUUUUAUUUUUUUAGGGUGUAGAUCAGCUUUAAUAUUGCAGAUAGAUUAUAACUUCCAUCAAUGUAAUUGUCUGCAACACUUCCAAUCCCCCAAAAGUUUUAUUUUUUUCUUCUCGCAAAUAUAUAUAUAUAUAUAUAUAUAUACACACACACACACAUAUACACAUACAUACAGUGGGGGAAAAAAAGUAUUUAGUCAGCCACCAAUUGUGCAAGUUCUCCCACUUAAAAAGAUGAGACAGGCCUGUAAUUUUCAUCAUAGGUACACUUCAACUAUGACAGACAAAAUGAGAAAAAAAAAUCCUGAAAAUCACAUUGUAGGAUUUUUAAUGAAUUUAUUUGCAAAUUAUGGUGGAAAAUAAGUAUUUGGUCAAUAACAAAAGUUUCUCAAUACUUUGUUAUAUACCCUUUGUUGGCAAUGACACAGGUCAAACGUUUUCUGUAAGUCUUCACAAGGAUUUCACACACUGUUGCUGGUAUUUUGGCCCAUUCCUCCAUGCAGAUCUCCUCUAGAGCAGUGAUGUUUUGGGGCUGUCGCUGGGCCACACGGACUUUCAACUCCCUCCAAAGAUUUUCUAUGGGGUUGAGAUCUGGUGACUGGCUAGGCCACUCCAGGACAUUGAAAUGCUUCUUACGAAGCCACUCCUUCGUUGCCCGGGCGGUGUGUUUGGGAUCAUUGUCAUGCUGAAAGACCCAGCCACGUUUCAUCUUCAAUGCCCUUGCUGAUAGAAGGAGGUUUUCACUCAAAAUCUCACGAUACAUGGCCCCAUUCAUUCUUUCCUUUACACGGAUCAAUCGUCCUGGUCACUUUGCAGAAAAACAGCCCCAAAGCAUGAUGUUUACACCCCCAUGCUUCACAGUAGGUAUGGUGUUCUUUGGAUGCAACUCAGCAUUCUUUGUCCUCCAAACACGACGAGUUGAGUUUUUACCAAAAAGUUAUAUUUUGGUUUCAUCUGACCAUAUGACAUUCUCCCAAUCCUCUUCUGGAUCAUCCAAAUGCACUCUAGCAAACUUCAGACGGGCCUGGACAUGUACUGGCUUAAGCAGGGGGACACGUCUGGCACUGCAGGAUUUGAGUCCCUGGCUGCGUAGUGUGUUACUGAUGGUAGGCUUUGUUACUUUGGUCCCAGCUCUCUGCAGGUCAUGCACUAGGUCCCCCCGUGUGGUUCUGGGAUUUUUGCUCACCGUUCUUGUGAUCAUUUUGACCCCACGGGGUGCCCCAGAUCUAGGGAGAUUAUCAGUGGUCUUGUAUGUCUUCCAUUUCCUAAUAAUUGCUCCCACAGUUGAUUUCUUCAAACCAAGCUGCUUACCUAUUGCAGAUUCAGUCUUCCCAGCCUGGUGCAGGUCUACAAUUUAGUUUCUGGUGUCCUUUGACAGCUCUUUGGUCUUGGCCAUAGUGGAGUUUGGAGUGUGACUGUUUGAGGUUGUGUACAGGUGUCUUUUAUACUGAAAACAAGUUCAAACAGGUGCCAUUAAUACAGGUAACGAGUGGAGGACACAGGAGCCACUUAAAGAAGAAGUUACCUAUGAUGAAAAUUACAGGCCUCUCUCAUCUUUUUAAGUGGGAGAACUUGCACAAUUGGUGGCUGACUAAAUACUUUUUUUUCCCACUGUACAUGUACAUUUCCUUUUUUAAAACAUUACUUUCCAACCUCACCACCCCUUCCCUAAUUGGAGUAAACUAGUGAACAACAAUGCUUAGGUCUCUACUUCCAGCUAAUACAUACUAUAUACAUUUUAUGGACACAGUCAAUUUUACAAUAAUUAUAUUUUGUUUGUUUUUACUCCUGAACUUCCUCUACCCUCAUCCUCGCCGAUCAUUUUCAUGUUUGCUUCUAUAUGCCAUAUCUUUCUAACUGUUCUCUUUCACAAAAGCUCUCAACCUAUAACCUAUAUACUUAUUAUGGACACAGUAUGCUUACAUUAUUAGCUAUCUUGUUGUUAUUAGUUGUUGUUAGUUGUUAUUACUUCCAUCCUUCAACUCCAUUCAACACCACCCAUCUAUCUCUUAACACCAUCCAUAUUGGAUAUCUAUUUGCCAUAUAUUUUUCAGCUGUACUGUGAUGUUUUACAAUAGUUCUGAACCUUUCUAUUCUCAUUUUUUCUACAGAUUUUCAAUUGAAAAUGGGUGUGUCUCUUUGUUUUGUAUCCUGACUGUUGCUAUGUUGUUGUUAACCAAUGAUGCAGCAGUUUAUUAGCCUAUUAGGCAAUGGUGCUUCUGUGCACUGAGUGGUUAGUCUCGGUCCUGGCUGGUGGUCUGUUUGGGCUAACUAAGCUGUUUCUGCUGUUCUCCAGAAGGGAGAGAGAGACUAGUGGUAAUUACUGUCUCUUAAUAUAAUCAUUUAGAGCAGAUUACACUGCAGCUCUGCCAGGGCCACACGCCAUGGAAGUGUUUUAAAAAAGAUGGGGCCUCACGCUGUUGAAGUAUUUGGAAAGAGAUGGGGCCUCACGCCCUAGAAGUGUUCGGAUAGAGAUGGAGUCUAAAGUAUCUCAAUCCUGAACACUGUGAAACUCUCUCACAGCCAAGCGCGGACCCAGGCCGGUCCAACUAAACCUAGCACAGCUCAGUCUAUCCCAGGUCCAGCCCUAG